AUGAUCCUCUCUUUUAGUCUUUACUGAAAGGCUUGCGUUGGCAGUCCUAUAUAUCUCUGCUGCUCCUAAAACCCUAGGAAACACUCUGCUGAAAAUCCAAAACGCCGUCGUUUCAAUCAGCAUCGUCGGCUGCGUUUGGAUCUUCAAUUCUGAUCGAUCCACCAAUGGCUGCUUGGUCAGAAUCUCUUGCCGCCAUUGCCGGGUCUGUAUCAACUGUCUCCACCAAGAAGCGCGUUCGGAUCUUCCGAGAUGAAAUCCCGCCUAUUCUGACCAAUUCGGAAAUGUCGGCUGAGCUUGCAUCACUAUUGGUAGAUAUUAUUUUCAAUACAUUGUAUAUUUAUGAUGAUCAUGGAUCGAGGAAAGCUGUAGAUGAUGUGAUUUCAAAAGCUUUAGGCGAGGUUAUAUUUAUGAAAAGUUUUGCAGCCACCCUUGUUCAGUUUAUGGAAAAGCAAUCAAAGUUCCAGUCUAAUAUAGGCUGCUACAGACUUCUGAAGUGGUCAUGUCUCCUACUAAGUAAAAGUCGCUUCGCCUCAGUUUCAAAGAAUGCAUUUUGUAGAGUAGCUACUGUACAGGCAUCUGUACUUCAUAUCGUUAUGCAAGGAUCUUUCCGUGUGCGAAGGGCAUGCAAGCGAACGUUUUUCUGUUUAUUCUCUCAGUCACUAGACAUUUACAAAAUCUACAUAGAAGAACUAAAGGAUGCUCGGAUUUCUUACAAGGAUAGCCCUGAAUUAAUAUGGCUAUUGCUGGAAUUCUCAAGUAGAAAGCCCUUGUUGUUUGAGCAGUGCAAGCCAAUAUUUCUUGACAUAUAUGUUAAAGCAGUUCUAAAUGCAAGAGAAGAGCCAGCAAAGGGUCUUAGUGAAGCUUUUCAUCCACUUUUUACACAUAUGGUGCAUGAAGAUUUUAAGAGUAUUGUGGUUCCAUCUGCUAUUAAGAUGUUGAAACGUAACCCUGAGAUUGUGUUGGAAUCAGUCAGCGUCCUUCUGAAAUCAGUCAACCUUGAUCUGAGCAAAUAUGCUAUUGAAAUUCUUUCAGUUGUAUUAGCACAGGCUCGCCAUGCAGAUGAAGGAAGACGACAUGGGGCCUUGUCUAUAGUAUGCUGUUUAAGCCAAAAAUCUAGUAAUCCUGAUGCUAUAGAAGCGAUGUUUAAUUCUAUCAAAGCUGUAAUUGGAGGAUCAGAGGGAAGACUUGCAUUUCCCUACCAGAGGGUUGGAAUGAUCAAUGCUCUGCAAGAAUUGUCUAAUGCUCCUGAAGGGAAAUAUCUCAACAGCCUGCCACCUACCAUUUGUGGCUUUCUGUUAUCUUGUUAUAAGGAUGAUGGAAAUGAAGAGGUAAAGCUUGCAAUUUUACCAGCUUUAGCUUCCUGGGUGGCACGAUCUGCUGAUGCACUUCAACGUGAUGUGGUUUCUUUUCUAGUCUCUGGCCUUAAGGAGAAGGAAGGUUUAAGGAGGGGGCAUCUUCGUUGCCUACGAUUUAUAUUCAAAAAUACUGAUGCCAUUAUACUGGUAUCAUCUUUGCUGGGCCCUCUUGUCCAACUAGUAAAAACAGGUUUUACUAAAGCAGCACAGCGUUUGGAUGGCAUAUAUGCAUUACUUUUAGUUGCAAAGAUUGCUGCUGUUGAUAUCAAAGCAGAGGAGACUGUGGCAAAGGAAAAACUUUGGUCAUUGAUAGCCCAAAAUGAACCUUCGCUUGUGCCGAUAUCUAUGGCCUCAAAACUAUCUACUGAGGACUGUAUGGCUUGUGUUGAUCUUCUUGAGGUGCUAAUAGUCGAACAUUUGCACAGAGUGUUGGAGACCUUCUCCGUCACACCCCUAUCACAGUUAAUACUCUUUUUAGUAUGCCAUCCUAGUUGGGACAUCCGAAGAGCAGCUUAUGAUAAUACCAAAAAGAUUAUUAGUGCUGCUCCAAAAUUAGCCGAGGCUCUCCUGUCAGAAUUUACAAAUUUCCUUUCAGUAGUCGGGGAGAAAAUUCAGCUUCUGAAGACAAGUGACACAGAGAACUCAUUGGAUGCUCAAGUUCCAUUUCUUCCAUCUGUUGAAGUUUUGGUGAAGGCUUUAAUUGUGAUAUCGUCGGAAGCACUGGCUGCUGUUCCUAGUGCCAUCAUGCAAAUUAUAUUCUGUUCACAUCACCCAUGCAUAGUUGGCACUGGAAAAAGAAAUGCUGUUUGGAGGAGGCUCCAGAAGGGUUUGCAAACACGUGGUUUUGAUGUCAUUGGCAUCAUUACAGCUAAUGUGGAAAGCUUGUGCAAGGGUCUACUAGGGCCUACGGCAUUGAUGAGUCCUAAUCAUCUUGAACAAGAAGCGGCAAUAAAUUCUUUGUCAACUUUGAUGUCUGUAAUACCCAAAGAUACCUAUAUAGAAUUUGAAAAGCACUUCAGCAAUUUUCCAGAUCGGCAGUCACAUGAUACAGUUUCAGAAAAUGACAUUCAGAUUUUUCACACUCCUGAAGGAAUGCUUUCCAGUGAACAAGGUGUUUAUGUUGCUGAGUCAGUUGCCACUAAAAAUAUGAGACAAGCAAAGGGCCGUUUCCGAAUGUAUGAUGACCAAGAUGAUGGGGAUGAUGUUAAUUCCAACCUUUCUGUAAAGAGAGAGACCAAUCAUUCUGGAAGGAAAGAGACAGCUAGUAGAGAAGUCACUGGUGUGGGGAAAAAAGACAUUGGGAAGUCAACAAAGAAAGCUGAUAAAGGAAAGACUGCAAAAGAAGAGGCACGAGAAUUGCUGCUUAGGGAGGAGGCAUCCAUACGCCAGAAGGUUGGUGUUAUAAAGAAGAACCUUUCUCUGAUGCUGAGAGCUCUUGGGGAGAUGGCUAUUGCAAACCCAGUAUUUGCGCACAGUGAACUACCUUCACUGGUUAAAUUUGUUGAGCCUUUACUACGGUCACCUGUUGUAAGUGAAGUGGCCUAUGAAACCAUGGUGAAGUUGGCUAGGUGUACUGCUUCUCCUCUCUGUAAUUGGGCCCUAGACAUUGCUACUGCUUUACGGUUAAUUGUGACAGAGGAAGUUCAUGUUUUGUUGGAACUAAUUCCAUCAGUUGGUGAAGGGGAGACCAAUGAAAGGCCAUCGUUAGGUCUUUUUGAGCGAAUAAUAAGUGGUUUAUCAGUCUCCUGUAAAUCGGGUCCUCUUCCAGUGGAUUCCUUUACUUUUGUGUUCCCGAUAAUGGAGCGGAUACUUUUAUCCUCCAAGAAGACAGGACUUCAUGAUGAUGUGCUUCAGAUUCUCUAUCUACAUAUGGAUCCCAUACUGCCACUUCCUAGGCUUCGAAUGUUAUCAGUUACAUCUCUUUCACAGACCCAUUGUUUCUUUCUGACAUUUCAUCAUUGGUUUCCAUAUUCAUUCUCUUCCUUUAUGCAGGUUCUUUAUCAUGCUCUUGGUGUUGUUCCAACUUAUCAAGCAUCUAUUGGACCUGCAUUGAAUGAGUUGUGUCUGGGUUUGCAAUCAGAUGAAGUGGCACCUGCUCUCUAUGGAGUGUAUGCCAAGGAUGUGCAUGUAAGAAUGGCUUGCUUGAAUGCCGUAAAAUGCAUCCCAGCUGUAUCUAGCUGCUCUCUUCCUCAGAAUGUUGAGGUCGCAACAAGCAUUUGGAUUGCUUUACAUGAUCAGGAAAAGUCGGUUGCAGAAUUGGCAGAGGAUAUAUGGGACCGCUGUGGGUAUGUCUUUGGGACUGAUUAUUCUGGACUUUUCAAAGCACUUUCCCAUAUCAACUAUAAUGUUCGCUUGGCUGCUGGGGAGGCAUUAGCUGCCGCUUUAGAUGAGUAUCCAGAUACUAUACAGGAAACCCUUUCAACUCUUUUUUCUUUAUAUAUCCGUGAUGUUGGUUUUGGUGAGGACAAUGUUGAUGCUAGUUGGAUAGGCAGACAAGGAAUAGCAUUGGCCUUACAUUCUGCAGCUGAUGUACUAAGGACCAAAGACCUUCCUGUCGUAAUGACAUUCUUGAUAUCACGGGCACUGGCUGAUCCAAAUGCAGAUGUUCGAGGAAGAAUGAUUAAUGCUGGAAUUCUGAUUAUUGAUAAGCAUGGAAGAGAUAAUGUGUCCUUGUUAUUUCCAAUCUUUGAGAACUACUUAAACAAAAAGACAUCUGAUGAAGAAAAAUAUGAUUUGGUGCGUGAAGGUGUAGUUAUUUUCACUGGAGCUUUGGCUAAACACUUAGCAAAGGAUGAUCCUAAAGUUCAUGCUGUUGUAGAGAAGUUGUUGGAUGUGUUGAACACUCCAUCAGAAGCAGUUCAACGGGCAGUCUCAACAUGCCUAUCUCCAUUGAUGCAAUCAAAGCAAGAAGAUGCUCCAGCACUUGUCUCAAGACUGUUGGAUCAACUAAUGAAGAGUGAUAAAUAUGGUGAGCGCCGUGGAGCGGCAUUUGGACUUGCUGGGGUUGUUAAAGGAUUUGGAAUUUCUUCCCUGAAGAAGCUUGGUAUUGCAACUGUACUACGAGAAGGUCUUGCAGAUAGGAAUUCUGCAAAGUGUCGUGAAGGAGCUUUACUAGGAUUUGAGUGCCUUUGUGAGAAGCUUGGGAGAUUGUUUGAACCGUAUGUAAUUCAAAUGUUACCGUUGCUUUUGGUUUCUUUUUCCGAUCAAGUUGUUGCUGUUCGUGACGGUGCUGAAUGUGCUGCUCGUGCAAUGAUGUCUCAACUUAGUGCUCAGGGUGUGAAGCUUGUUCUUCCAUCACUUCUGAAGGGCCUUGAAGAUAAAGCUUGGAGAACAAAGCAAAGUAGUGUACAACUGCUUGGUGCUAUGGCUUACUGUGCUCCUCAGCAACUUUCACAGUGCCUUCCUAAGAUUGUGCCAAAACUGACUGAGGUAUUAACAGACACCCAUCCCAAAGUUCAGUCAGCAGGCCAAAUGGCUCUUCAGCAGGUUGGGAGUGUGAUCAAGAAUCCAGAAAUUUCGGCUCUUGUCCCUACUCUUCUAAUGGGUCUUACUGACCCUAAUGACUAUACCAAAUACUCCCUUGAUAUUCUCCUGCAAACAACUUUUGUUAAUUCAAUUGAUGCUCCUUCACUUGCACUUUUGGUACCAAUAGUCCAUAGAGGGCUUAGGGAGAGGAGUGCUGAGACUAAAAAGAAGGCUGCUCAAAUAGUUGGAAAUAUGUGUUCACUAGUGACGGAACCAAAGGACAUGAUUCCUUAUAUAGGCUUGCUCCUCCCUGAAGUGAAAAAAGUUCUUGUGGAUCCAAUUCCUGAAGUACGGUCUGUUGCAGCGAGGGCCCUAGGAUCGCUUAUAAGAGGGAUGGGAGAAGAGAAUUUCCCAGAUCUUGUUUCAUGGUUGUUAGACACUCUUAAAUCUGAUGCAAGUAACGUUGAGCGCUCUGGAGCUGCUCAAGGGUUGAGUGAGGUUUUAGCAGCACUAGGCACAGAGUACUUUGAGCACCUACUUCCUGAUAUAAUUAGGAACUGUUCUCAUCAAAGAGCAUCUGUUCGUGAUGGAUAUUUAACACUUUUCAAGUAUUUGCCAAGGUCAUUAGGUGUCCAAUUCCAGAACUAUUUGCAGCAGGUGCUGCCUGCUAUAUUAGAUGGUCUUGCCGAUGAGAAUGAGUCUGUACGUGAUGCAGCACUCAGUGCUGGUCAUGUUCUGGUGGAGCAUUAUGCUACAACGUCUUUACCCUUGCUCCUUCCAGCAGUAGAAGAUGGGAUUUUCAAUGACAAUUGGCGUAUCCGGCAAAGCUCUGUGGAAUUGCUUGGUGAUCUCUUGUUUAAGGUUGCUGGAACCUCUGGAAAAGCAUUACUUGAGGGCGGUAGUGAUGAUGAAGGUGCUAGUACUGAAGCACAUGGGCGUGCCAUCAUUGAGGGGCUUGGAAGGGAUAAACGUAAUGAAGUUCUUGCUGCAUUAUACAUGGUUCGGGCUGAUGUCAGCAUAUCAGUUCGUCAGGCUGCAUUACAUGUGUGGAAGACUAUAGUGGCAAAUACUCCAAAGACUCUUCGGGAAAUAAUGCCAGUUUUAAUGAAUACACUGAUUACUUCUCUUGCAUCAUCAUCCUCUGAAAGGCGGCAGGUUGCUGGACGAUCACUGGGUGAGCUUGUUAGGAAGCUUGGUGAAAGAGUACUUCCUUUAAUCAUCCCAAUUUUAUCUCAAGGGCUAAAAGACCCUAAGACUAGCAGACGACAAGGUGUGUGCAUUGGUUUGAGUGAAGUGAUGGCCAGUGCUGGUAAGAGUCAGCUAUUAAGUUUUAUGGACGAGCUCAUACCUACUAUUCGAACUGCCCUUUGUGAUAGCACGCCUGAGGUUCGCGAGUCUGCAGGCUUAGCCUUCAGCACUCUUUACAAGAGUGCUGGAAUGCAAGCAAUUGAUGAGAUAGUCCCUACGCUUUUGCACUCUUUGGAGGAUGAUCAAACCUCUGAUACUGCACUGGAUGGCCUGAAACAAAUCCUUAGUGUCAGGACUACGGCUGUUUUGCCUCAUAUCUUGCCCAAGCUGGUUCAUCUUCCUCUCACUGCCUUUAAUGCACAUGCUCUGGGAGCAUUAGCAGAGGUUGCUGGACCUGGUCUUAACUUUCACCUGGGCAUUGUUCUUCCUGCUUUACUUUCUGCCAUGAGUGAUGAUGAUACGGAUGUUCAAAAACUGGCAAAGAAGGCAGCAGAAACUGUGGUCUUAGUCAUUGAUGAGGAAGGUGUUGAAGGUUUGAUUUCAGAGCUUCUUAAAGGUGUUGGUGAUAAUCAGGCUUCAAUACGAAGAAGUUCUUCAUAUUUAAUAGGAUACUUCUUCAAAAACAGCAAAUUAUAUUUGGUUGAUGAAGCUCCAAACAUGAUAACUACCCUGAUUGUUUUGCUUAGUGAUUCUGAUUCAGCCACUGUUGCGGUUGCUUGGGAAGCUUUGUCAAGGGUCACAAAUUCAGUUCCCAAGGAAGUGCUUCCUUCAUAUAUAAAAAUAGUACGGGAUGCUGUAUCUACAUCUAGAGAUAAAGAGCGAAGAAAAAAGAAGGGAGGACCAGUUCUCAUACCCGGAUUCUGUCUCCCUAAAGCUCUUCAGCCAUUGCUUCCAGUCUUUCUCCAGGGUCUAAUAAGUGGAUCAGCAGAACUAAGAGAGCAAGCAGCACAGGGUCUUGGAGAGCUGAUUGAAGUGACUAGCGAACAAGCAUUGAAGGAGUUUGUUAUUCCAAUAACAGGGCCUCUUAUUCGAAUCAUUGGUGAUCGGUUCCCUUGGCAAGUGAAGAGUGCCAUCUUAUCCACCUUAAGUAUCAUAAUAAGAAAGGGUGGGAUUGCCCUGAAACCUUUUCUUCCUCAACUUCAGACAACAUUUAUUAAGUGCCUUCAGGAUAACACAAGAACUGUUCGUUCAAGUGCCGCCCUAGCACUUGGUAAGCUUAGCGCACUCAGCACUAGGGUUGACCCUUUAGUUGGAGACCUCCUAUCUAGCUUGCAGGUUUCGGAUGGUGGAGUACGGGAGGCCAUUCUUACUGCAUUAAAAGGUGUCCUGCAGCAUGCUGGCAAGAGUGUGAGUGUUGCUGUUCGAACCCGUGUUUAUGUCCUUUUGAAAGAUUUUGUUCAUCAUGAUGAUGACCAAGUUCGAAAUUCUGCUGCAAGCAUAUUGGGCAUCCUAUCACAGUAUAUGGAAGAUGGUCAGUUGUCUGACCUGCUUCAGGAACUCUCAAGUUUGGACUCAUCCCUUAGCUGGUCAGCUAGGCAUGGCUCAAUACUCACAAUCUCGUCCAUGCUUAGGCACAGUCCCUCCUCAAUUUGUACGUCUCCAGUGUUUCCAUCAGUUGUAUACUGCCUUAAAGAUAACUUGAAAGAUGAAAAGUUCCCUGUUCGCGAAACUUCAACAAAGGCAUUAGGAAGGCUUUUACUUCAUCGAGUUCAAAGUGAUCCUUCAAACACCGCUGCACAUUUGGAUGUUCUUUCACCUAUGGUAUCAGCUUUGCAAGAUGACUCCAGUGAAGUCAGGAGAAGGGCGUUGUCUGCCCUAAAAGCAGUUGCAAAAGCAAACCCUUCAGCCCUUAUGACCCAUAUUACAAUUUUUGGUCCUGCACUUGCUGAAUGUUUGAAGGAUGGAAAUACUCCAGUGAGACUUGCUGCCGAAAGAUGUGCCUUGCACGCCUUCCAAUUGACUAAGGGUACAGAAAAUGUUCAAGCUGCGCAAAAGUUUAUCACAGGCUUGGAUGCUAGGCGACUGUCUAAGUUUCCUGAACACAGUGAUGACAGUGAAGACAAUGAAGAUGACCCAACAAGUGGCUGAAUUUUGGUGGCUUUUUUAUUUUGGAUUUCCCUUCCCAUAUUGAAAUUUCAGAAAGUUGCAGAUGCUUUAGAAGUUUGGGGCCUGAAUGUAGUUUUUAUAUGCCAUUUUGUGUGUUUAUUUAGAGGAAAAUGUCUAUAAGGAAAAUAGGGAUAUACAGAGAGAGAGAGAGAGAAAGAGAUAUGCAGAUGGCAUACCCCAGUUUUUCACACCUGGAUUUCUUUUCUGAUGUCAAAUGUAAUUGUUAAUCAGACUGGGGGCUAAAUUUUUGACACACAUGGCCUGUGAUUUUUUGUAUGGAUGUAAUCUCUUCUUUUUGUUCAGGGUCAAUGAAAGAUGAGGGUACUAAAUAAAGGUAGUUUGUUUCCCCA